UAAAUACCGAGUCAGAGACCCGUAGUCUCUCAGAUUCAACAUGCACAGCAAUCUUCUUCAAGAUAACUCCCAUCAUCAAUCACACACAGUCUACGAAUCACCGCCAUGACAUCCUCAUUCCAAACUUCGAUACCUUUGCCUGUAACGGCCAGUUUUGCCCCAGCAUUCGCGGCCUAUUUCAUCCUCUUAAACCUCCGCACCAGCAAGGCUCGGGUUGAAUCAAACACUUACAUGGGCAAUGAUGUCGCCGCAACCAAACCCGACAAUACCAAACAACCACUUCUUCCAUCGCCUGCAGGCCACAGUCUGCAGAUUGAGUCGAGGAGUCACAGCAAUUACGUGGAAAAUGUCCCCUUUGCCCUGCUAUUGACGGCAUUUGUCGAGGCCAAUGGAGGGAAUCCCAAAGCCUUGACCGUUUCCCUACUUGGUCUUUUAUUCUUCCGAGUGGUUCACGUCGAAUUUGGUCUUCGAGCCAAGAAUGCACUUGGUUGGGGCAGACCAGUUGGAUACUUUGGCACCUUGGCCUAUGUUGCAGCGUUAUCUGGCUAUGGCGCAUGGCUCGUUCGAUCAUUCUGGAUUAAUUGAGCUGCAAAGACGUCUAUAUCGUUGAUGGCAUCCGUUCCACCAGGAUGGGAUCAAAGUUGGAAAGAACCUUGAAUAUACAGGAUAGAAAUGGGAAAGGGCGUCCGUGUUUGAUCUAUUUUCACCUUUUCUGGACGGCAGGAGCAUGUUUUCAUAUUCUAUUUGCCUCUGCUCAACUGCGCCCACCACAAUCUUAAUCACUCA